AUGGUUAUUGAGCGCAGGAGAUGGUUUCACCAUAACCUUGAGGGAAUCCGAGCAGAGAAACUGCUCCUUGAAAAGGGCGAUCCAGGAAGCUUCCUUGUAAGACCUAGUUGGACGAAUCCCGGGAACUUUACCCUGUCUGUUCGCCGGGAGGACUGUGUUACUCAUAUACGCAUUCGGAAUACUGGAGAUUUUCUUGAUCUCUAUGGCGGUGAAACAUUUGCGACCCUUUCCGAAUUGGUUGACUACUAUCGUGAAAAUCACGGUGAAUUAAAGGAAAAGAAUGGUUCGAUAAUCGAAUUAAAGUAUCCAUUAUUUUGUCAGGACCCACUGGCAGAGAGUUCACGGUGGUUUCAUGGUCCGAUGUCCAGAAAUGAAGCGCAGAAACUUUUGCUGGAAAAGGGAAAGAAUGGCAGUUUUCUUGUACGAGAGUCGAUCCAAAAACCUGGUUCAUACGUGCUUUCUGUUGCAACUGGUGAUCAGGUGUCGCAUAUUCUCAUUAACCGGAAAAAAGACAACAAAUUCGAUGCCGGCGGUGGUCAUCAGUUUUUGACUCUCAAAGAGCUAAUCGACUUCUACACCGCAACGCCGAUGGUAGAGAAGAAUGGAGGACUGGUAUACUUAAAACAACCCUUCAACGCGACUCGUCUCAACGUCUCCACCAUAAACAAACGAAUACGACAACUUGAGUGCGAAAACGUCAAUGGUAGACAUUUGGCCGGUUUUCAUGAAGAGUUCGAGGAGCUUCACCAAGACAUUCACGAUACCAAAGCCAGAAGUCGUCUUGAGGGGGCCAAGUCUCACAAUUUGGACAAAAAUCGCUAUAAGAAUAUUCUUCCCUUUGACUCAACCAUUGUUCGUCUUCUUGACGGCGAUCCCAAUAUCCCUGGCUCCGACUACAUUAAUGCGAAUUACAUCAGCUGGCCGGACUCUCUAACUGAAAGUUUGCUUGGUGGUUCAACUACGGUGGAUCCUUUGCCACCGAAAACUGCAAGGGGCAGUCCCGCUCCUCUGUCGCCUUCUUCUUCCUCCUCCUCGUGUCCACGGUACAUCGCCACACAGGGCACCUUGCCUAACACCAUUGUGGACUUCUGGCGCAUGGUGUGGCAGGAGCACAGUGCCAUCAUUGUCAUGAUCACUAAGGAGGUGGAACGAGGCAGGGUAGGCCACCCUUUUCUACAGUUACAUACCUGUGGUCCCCGAGCACAGAUGGGGUUCUGUGUCGUCAGGAACAAGUGCUCGAGGUAUUGGCCAACACUGACACAUCCUACUCUGGAUUUGUCCAGCUACGGUGGAACACUGCGAGUUUGCCACCUUGCGGAGCAGAACUUGGAGACGUACACCCUGCGUGAGCUCCAUCUGUCUCGUGAUUAUCCUGCUGCCAACAGCAGUAGUGGUAAGGCCAACAACGGUAGUGGUGACGCCAGGGGCUUCGUGGUGUACCACUACCAAUUUCAUGCCUGGCCUGACCACGGAACACCUGCUGAUCCUUCCUGUGUGCUUAACUUCAUGUUUGACAUUUCCAAGCGCAUGGAGAGUCUCACGGAAUGUGGUCCAAUGGUGGUGCAUUGUAGUGCAGGAAUUGGCCGAAGUGGUACCUUCAUUGUGAUUGACAUGCUCAUCAACUACAUCAAACGUUAUGGUCUGCAGUGUGACAUCGACAUCUCGCGCACUGUGCAGGCUGUACGAGAGCAGCGUUCCGGUAUGGUGCAGAUAGAAACACAGUAUCGUUUUAUCUAUAAGGCUGUGCAAAACUUUGUCUCCACUCUCUCACAGCGGCUUCAAUUGCAUAACGAGCUUCAGCCCCUCGGUGUGGACUACACAAACAUAAAUCAAGCACCGGCAGAUCUGAUGCAAACCCAACGACCCGAUUCUACCUCCCCAGUGGACAGUAGACUUUCCUCCACCUCACCACACUUCGCCAAGAGCGGCUCGUUUCCGUGUAAAUCAGAUCUCUGUGUUGCACCGUCGUACGCCAAAUCCAUCUACGCGAACGCAGAGCACUAA